CCAGAGGUCUCCACUGUCGCGAGGCCAACGGUGUUGAAAAUAAUGUGGCGUAAUGGUGGUUUCGUUUUAUUGGUGCAAGAAAUCACGACGACACACGUUGGGGGCGUUUUUCUUGUCAGUGUAGUGUUUGUGCUUCGCUAGAACAAAAUUAGGCUAUCAGGGAGAUAAAAGAGGCCACUGCUGAAAGAAACCCUACAGAGCUCAUUUGUUAACACUUCGGAAGUCUGCAGCAACUUUUCUCUGCUGAUGUUCAAAUAUUCGAAAGAAGAUUCUGCCUCAAGGACAACAGAGCCGUGAUGGUGCUUGGAAAACAUAAUCCAGAUGAACGAAAUGUGAUGACAGUAUACUUAUCUGAGGACCUGGGUGCUGUCAGCAGAGAAUUCCAAACAAGAUCAUUUCAUGCAAAUAGUGUUGGCAUAGAUGACAGCAGUUCAGCAGUAGAAGGCACCAUUGAGGAGAGUAAAUCAUCAGAUGAAAAAAAGGGGAAGAAAAGAUUUUCAUCCGCUGGUCACAACAAGCCUCCAGAACUUGUCCCCUACUGCAGUGAUGUUCAUGUUUCUCACCCAGAUGAAGAUAGCAGCAGUCCACCACAUUUGUUUCCAGAGGGUAUCAUGACAACUAAACUGAAGAAAUCCCUUCCAGGCAAAACAGUUAAGGAUAUUCAGCUCAUCAGUAUUGGUUCAAGCUCACCACAAAACAAAGAUGACAUGGAGUGCACUGAAUUUAAUGAUUCAAGUGAGUUUGAAUGUGAUGAAGAAUAUGUAAUAGCAGAAAAACUUAAGAGGAAGAUUAAUCCAUUGUGUAAGUCAUUGGGCCUUAGUCCAUUGAAACAAGGAAAGUGGAUGAAUGAGGUGAAAACUGAUAACAGACAUACAGGAAUUGAAAAAUCUGUUUACAAUUUCUUCCUGAACAUGAAACUGGGCAAAACAAGGCUGAGGGAACGAGAUAAGCUGAGGAAGGCAAGCGAACGAAUGCGGAGGAGUCCUCGAGCUCUGACAUCGAAGGAUGAGAAUACUGAUACAAGUUCAGUACUUCAAGGAAAGUGUGGUGCUGAUGUGAAUACUGCACGAACUGAGACUUGUGAAACCAGCACAGCUGGUAGUAAUAUCACUAAGUACUCAGAAUCACCUAGUCAUUUAGAUAAUGAAUAUAACAGAACAGUUUCACAGAAGAAAAGUUUUACAGCUUUAAAAGGAGGUAAUUAUUCACCUCUCACCCAAAGUUCAGAGAGUUAUAGAAUGAACUUCACAGAAUGUAUAGAUAUAAGUGGAGAGUCUGUAGAUUCAUUUGAGUCUAUGGAUGCAGAAGGUGAACUAGGAGGGUACUUGGUUAAUGAGGUUGCUUUAUCAGAACCUACAGUGAAACAGCAAUGUACUGAAAGAAAUGAGGCCUGUAGGAACUUCAAGGAAUCUUGGUUUUCAUUGUCUUCAAAGAAUGGAAGUACAGAAUUGCAUCAUAAUCUGUUGGCCUGUAAUGUUAUCGAAGAUGCAAAGAAAGAUACCAAACAGGUUGCAGAGGAAGUUUAUAGCCUCUCAAAAAAAGCUCAAAACUAUUCAAAUGCUUCUAUUCCUAAUAAAUGUGACAAGGAACAAGAUAGUAUAUCUGUGUGUAUUAAAUCAAGCAGUGAUUCUCAGAACUCUAAAGGCCAGAAUUUGAAAGGUGUACAAGAUAAACUAAAAGUAACACAAAAGAGAGUAUUAACUUCUGAACAAACAGAACUUACAGGUUUGUUUCAGAAACGGGUUUCCAGUCUACAAAAUUUUGUGCAAAGUGGGGGAGAUGAAAAAGAAUGUGGUACAACAGAAAAUGCCAAGUCAACAGCACACGGUUCAAAUAAAGUUGCUGAAUCCAGUUCAUAUUACUGUAAAGGAAAUACAGCUUGUGACACUGAAGUAUAUGCGAGUGAUGAAAUUGCAGCAUGUGAGUUGAAUGAGGAAUUGAAGAAGGAUGGAACGGUAAUACAGGGACAUAAUGCUGAAUUUACUACCAGUGCUGUGAGUGAAAGUAACAGAAUGAAGCAGUGUUGUAGAAAGCAAGAAGGAAACAUUUAUGAAUGUGAUUCAUGUGAAAGUAACACUCAAGAGGUGAAAAAGAAACAGCAAAAUAUAAAAUUGCAGACUGCAGAUUGCUCAUUACUUGAAGGUCACAAAAAAGUUUUCUCUCGGAAGGGCAGUCUUGGUUUAACGGAAAUGAAGAUUAAUAAAUGCGAAGACUUCAAGGAAGGUAUGCCAAAGACUUCAGAGUCUGAUUUAAUUACCUGCAAGCAAACAGUAAAGGGUGAUAAAAGAGAGACAUCUUGUGUUAUGGUAGCAGGAUCUUCAAGUGACAGUAUCUUCACUUAUGGCAUGGGGAACUCAAAUUUUAAUGGCACAUCUAAGCUGAACAGUAGUCACAGCUCUGAAAAGGGUGUAAAUUAUCAGUCAGAUGUUACAUGUGCAAGAAUGAUGGUUGACAGUUUUGGCAGAGAUUUACUUGCUGGAUGUGAUGUUGCACAAGAACCACCUGAUGACAUUGAUCCUAAUGUGUAUGUGACUCAGGAUCCUAACAAGUGGCCUGUAGUAGAGGGUGAUGAAGAUUAUGAUGAUUAUAUUUUUACAUUACCAAAGCGUGUUAGUACAGGAAAAGAGGAACGGGACAUAAUUGAUGGAAUUGAAAUGUUGUCAUUUGAGACAGAGCAUGACAUGGUUGAGUUUACUAAAAUUCAGCAGGAUUUUUGUCAUGGCUCAUCUGUAGAUGAUGGAAUGAUUCAGAGUGAUGAUGGGCUGGAUAUGAUGGAUGAUACUUUUCCACUUUGUGGUGAUGUGGAUUUGCAGUAUAUGCACCAAGCCAUUGUCCCUACUAAGACUAAUGACAUUACAAAAAUUAAAGGCUGGAGGAACAAACAGUUUGCUGUUAAUGACAAUCCAUCCCAUUAUUGUGGUAGUUUCAGCAGUGAGGCGUAUGAAGAUGAUGAUGGCUUUGAAAGCUGUGAUGUUAAAACAACAGAUGAAACAAACACAGAAGAAGAUCAACAAAACCACUGGUAUUCUGAAGACACCAAAUAUAAUGAUACAGACGUAUGUACAACUGUUAAAGAUGCAGAAAGUCGAGCAACAGAGGCUAGGACUAGUAGUGGUAGUUGUGGGAAACAGAAACCCAACUUGGUGAAAGAAGAUGUGAUGUUGAGUUAUGGAGCUGUUUUCCAGCCUAAGGCAGUUGAACUGCUGAAACAUCUUCAGGCAAAUGUUAGCGAGACUAAUAAUUCCAAAUCUGCUUUUGUAAGUGAUGUAUUAGAUAACUAUCUUUCAACCCAUUCUCAGCUCAAUGUUAGCUAUGAAAUCCCUAAGUUGGGUGCAGAAGAAGGAAUAACUCACCAUCCAGAAUAUGAGACAGACAAAUUUAUAUUUCCUUCACCUCCCAAACUCCUGCAUACAGUUUCAGAAAAGCCAUGUGUACCAAGAAAGACUGGGCCAAAACCCAAGACUUUGGCAGAAAAACGAAAAAUGUUAGAAAUGGAAAUGCUCGAAGCUGAAUCCAUAAAAGGGCAGAAACGACCUCAGCGAGGAAGGCCGAGGUUGCGUCCUCAAACUGAAUCAGUGGCACCUACAAAAUGUACAAAAAAUUCUGAUACUAAAAAGCCUUCUACUGUGAAAUGGCUACCCUCCACACCACAGAAAAAAGGUUUGGAACAAAACAGUUUCAUUCUGGAUCAUGAUUAUAAGUACACUUGGAUUGGAAAGAGACCUAUACGAAUUACUGGUAGUAAAGUUAACAGGGAACCUGCUCUUAAUGAAGGUUUUUUGUCUUUAUCUGCUCAGUCAGAAAUGCAACAGGAUCCAUCUGAUAUUACACAGAAAGAAAGUGAAGCUGUCAGUGAUACAAAAUCAUGUGAUGAAACAAGUGAACAGAAUAUCACUGUGAAUGAUUUAACAACUUCUGAGAAGUUACCACCAUCUCCACCAGAUAUUUCAGCAGAUCCAUAUGAAUAUGGAGUUCUGGUAUAUCCAGGUAUAGGUCAUCCGUUACAUCCACUUGCCGUUAAACAACUUAUGCAAAUGAGAAGUACUGAGGUUUGUAUAGACAGGAAAUGGGCCGAAUUUUCUGUUUCUGUUGUGACGUCACGCAAGAAUAUUAAUAAUCAUGAUCACACUGAAACACAUGUGAUUCCAGUAAAAUGUAUACCUCCCUUUAAGGAUUUCAAGAUUAGUCCACACAAAGAAGAUGAGGUUUCUCCAUCACAUUCUGAAAGUGCACUCUUAAAUACUGAAAUUCCCAAAGACUCUGAUUCAAGUUUCUCAUCCUUCAAAAGAAUACAAAUAUCUCCAGAGACAGAAUUAUUCAAACAAAAUCCAAAGAUCAUAAAUGCUGAUAGUUUAGUAACUGUGGCAGAGACAGACCUAGAGGCUACAUGUGUGGAUCCUGGGAGCAGUAAAGCAGAUGAGAAUGUUUCAUCAACUCUUAGUUUUGUACCCUGUGAUGAGGUGCUACUUGAAGUCAAAAACAUUCUUAAAGAGAUGAUAGAUUGUGUUUUAGUUCAUGAAGUGGAGGAUACAGUCAUACAAGAUGAUCCUGAUGAAUCCAGUACAGUUACAAUGAUAACUCCAAAGUGUCAGAAGAAGGUUAUUGGCAAAUACAUGAAGAAUAAAGUGUACCGAGAACUAAAUCGAUUGGAUGUGAACGUUAUUGUCAUGGGAGAAGAUAGAAAUGGUUGUAUUGAGAAGAUAUAUGGAGGUACUUCCUGUGAAAAGGAUUUCUGUCGAUUGGGUUGUGUGUGUGCUAGUCUUCAAACAAGCCAGCCAUCUGCAACAUUGUCUAAUCAUUGUGGCAACUUAGAAUGCAUGUUUGAAUGUUCUUGUCAAGAACUCUCCACUACUCAGUCAAAUAGCAAUUCUAAUGCAGAAAAGCCUUCGCUCCUGUACUGUACAGCUAUACGUUUGCAAGAUGAGGAAAACAGGCACCUGGCAAAAGUAGAGAAGGAAUUCAGGCAUACAGUGAUACAAUCAAAGAAUGAGGUGAUUGUCAUACGAGGCAGCAGUAGUGGUGAUGGAGGAAGGCGUCGCAGGGAGAUAAAGUUGCCUGAAAGAUACAGGGACUCUUCUGUUGUUCUUGGUAAAGAGUUUGCAAUGGCUGAAUUCAAGAUGAUUACAGGCGAGGAUAUAAAUAGCACACCGGCUGUGUCUAGUAAUCACAACACAAGACGCAGUGAGCGGCAGUUGUAUUUACCAAAUUAUAUAGAGGUAGGAGUGCCAAAGUCAGCAUCAAUGAGUAUCACAAAACCACUCCACAAGUCCACAAAGGGAAAAUUAACCCUUGAGCAGAAGGUAUCGCUUUGGUGUAAACGCUUCAAGGUGAAGCCAUGUAGAGUUCGUAUUGAAAAAACAGAAGGUUUAGAAAAUGUUGUACCAUGGUGUAUGGUUCACUUGAGAUAUGACUGCUUUUGUUUUAGACAGAGCGCAAAGUCAUUUAUGAGAAUGCCCUACCAAUCUAUAGAGAGACCUCCACCAGUUCCAGGUCCACCUCUUGACUCUACUGCAACAAACGUGGAUUUUGUGAAACAUCAAAACCGUGUGUCUAGAAAUGUGGCAGUGAAGAGCACAAGUCAAGCAAACUUUUAUCAUGCUCAUAAUGUGAACUGCCAUUCUGCUCGUACAGUUGGCUCUACUAUAAACUAUGUUCUUCGCAACCAAUCACAUUUCUUUAAAUGGCGCCAUGAGAGAAUUGGUCUUCAAGAGUCUGAGACUAAAUGCAAUGUAAACAAUGCUUUUUGCGCACCUUUCCAAAUGACUGAGCCUGUAAAUAUAAUCAGGCCCCCAGGUGAUAUUGUGAUGCAGGCUGACUGUGGUUUGCUAAAUGAACAGGAAAUGAUGCCCAUUGAUUCUGAUACUGGAGAUGGUAAUGAGGAAGUUGGCUUUGGCAAAAUUGUAAGCAUCGUGUCUCUCAAACCAGAAGAAUUUGAGAAAUGUGGAUCAGAGGACCAGACAGAACAUGAGGCUGAAGGAUCCUGCAACAUGGACAUGGUUCUAAAUACUGAAGGUCAGUUAACAGGAGUAUUAUCUGCAGAAAGAAAUGUCUCUGAAGAAAACAGUAAUGUAACCAAGUCUAAAACUCAAAGACACAGUUCAGACAAUUCUGAACAUCAUUCUGAAGAAAAUUCUUGUGAAAAUCAAAUAUAUGAGAAACUGGCAUCAGUUUUAAUUCCUGUUUUUCCAGACACUGGCCAUGAUAUUUAUUCUGUACGACUAGCAGAGCUGAUAUCAAGGAAGGACUCUGAGCUUAGAAACAUAGUGGAAAGUUGUAACAUGCCACUGAAUCUGUCCCAAAGUACUACUGGUUCAAUCCAGGUAAUCGGUUGGAACAUCCUAAUAAACCAAAUAGAGAACCGAACAUAUCAUCUGUGGUUGCAGUAUAAGCGUGCAUGUGUGCCAAAAAUUAUCAUCACAGGAACUGCUGAUAAACCUGAUCAGUAUUGCAUCAGUCUCUGCAAUUUUUAUUCUGAUUCCCCUCCUCAAUUCCACAAUAAAUUACCCCCAUUUAUUACUUUUCUUAUAGAGCAGUUGAGUAUCAAGAACAGAACCCCUGGUGUCAGUUCAGAAGAUGUGAACUGUUUUGGGCUGUUACAAUUUGAUGGGGACAGAUGGGAGCUAAUUGGUUCUUUUAUGAGAAAUACUCACAUUGUUGAAUGGUGCAGCAACCAGUUAGUCCAGAGUCACACUGCAAAACAAGCAAGACACCAAAAGGCUUCUGCCAGACAUCAGCAAGAUCAGAAAUUCAGUAAAUCUUCUCAGAAAGGAAGAUCUGAAGACAUAGCAGAAAAGCAAUCCUACAUUAUAGAGGAACAAGAAAUUAGAAAGGAAACCAAGUUUCAUGAAGAUAGUAGAAAUGAUAACAUAAACAUGAACACAGUUGCAUCAUUCAGCCCGCCAUUAACAGAUUUAUGGAAACAUCAGGAUGGCGUUGGUAGUUCACAAGAAAGUGUGGUUGAAAGUUCACAAACAGUUCAAGAGGCUACUGUGGAACAGCAUAUACAAAUAAGAAAGAGCCACACACACCCUGACUUACCAUUAAAAGAACAGAAUCUAUUUUUUGACAGACCUGUCGUUUGUGGAUCUACCGAUGUACUCUUAGAUCUGAAGAAACGAUUGGGACCACAGUUGGUGCAGUCUCACAGUGUGGGAACAAUAGGAGCUGGUGCAGAUCUGACAAAUACUGAUAAAGUUUCUAGUGAAGAUGUCAUUGCGGUUUGUGACAGCAAAUUAACUUCGGAUAGUGCUCGUAAUAAUGGCAAGACUGUAAAGAAUGAUGCAGAUCAGAAAUCUGUUACUACAAAUGCAUACUCUGCGGGAAGAGAAUCAGUUCUAGUUCAUGAGUCUCCUGUUUCAAGAAAGAAUUUUUCCUUACAUUCAGAAUCAGAAUGCGGAAAUUGCGAUCUGAAGGUUAUAGAUUCCCAAGGACAGAUCCAGAGUAGUGACCUGAAGGAUGGCGGCUGUGAGGAAAUAACUGUGAUAGGCCCAAAACAAAAAUCCUUUAUUUCAGAAAAAACAGAGGUUACCACUAAUCAACAAUCUAUUUUGGAACAGUCUCUCACUUCUCGUAUUGGUACAUUAUCUGUCAGAUUGUCUAAUAAUAGCUGUAAUUCUGGCAAAAUUCAGAGUUCAGGAGUUGAAGUUCCACUGCCAACAGGAUGUGAUCCUGCCCGUUGGUACAUGUUAAACAUAAGAAAUCGUUUUGAUUUGCUGCAUCUUUCCCGUAGUAAAUGUAUUAUUAGAUAUGCACAGCUGAUCCGAGCUGUCUACUUGGCUAACAGUCAUGGUAAAACUGUCCGUGUACCUCUUGAGAAACGGCUUUCAAAAGGAAUCGAUGGCAAGAAUACUUCUGUGUCCAGUGACAAGCACCAGAUUGCUAGUGCUACUCAGCCAAAAUUUGGUGUGUAUACUGUUCCAAACCUCUACACUAGAGUUUUCAUUGGUCCCUAUGGACUCAGAGAAGAUGCUGGUGUAGGUGCUAUCAAGAUUAUAAAUGGCAGAUUGGUAAAUACAAUGUACUUAGAUCCUCAGCAUGAUUCUUUAGCUGAUACUGAUGAGGGUAUCACUGCUUUAUUGGAAUCUGGUGGGAAUGAGGCAGUCCUCAACAUGAAGAUGGAGCAGAUGUAUGAUAGUGUAGCACGUGCUCCAGAAGAUGGAAGAAUGUGUCGAGGCAUGUGGUUAUACACAGCUAGAUCAGAAGACAAAGCAAGUACAGCAGUAAAUGUAAAGACUUCUCUUAUAAACAUAACUGGGAAUAGAGUGUCUUCAGCCAGUACAAGAUCUUCCACUUCAGCUUCAGUAACUGAAAUUGGUGAUGAAGAGCAAAACACUGCAACUGAUAUGGAGAAAUCACACACUUUUUUAUGUGAAGAAAAGUUUCAUACAGAAAUGAAAGACAGCAAAUCAUGUAGUGAAAGUGAAGAUGCUGCACAGCAUUCAGUAGGAGAUGAUGUUGGAACUGAUUUAAGAAGGAUGGUGUCAAGACGUAAACAGUCAUUCAGUGUGCAGAAUGUUGCGCAUGUGACACAUCAGAACAUUUCAGUUCAUGAGACUCCAAAAAAUGUAGGAAAAGAGUGUGAUAUAGAGGAAGGAGAAGUGAAACAACAAAGCUCAAAGCAUAGUCCACUCCUGGCCGUUACUGAACCUGACUCCACAUGUAUCAGAGAUUUACUUUCAUCGGCGAAGUCUGAUAGUGAUAUAGAUGUAGUGGAUAUGGAUACAUCCUCUAGCACAGGAAAACUGUUGCAUAGGACAUGUAUGUUACCAGGGGCAAAGGGAGUUGAUUGCAAGGGAAGUGGAGAGAAUGAAGACAGUUCUUUGCAACAGCACCAGAAACAAAUCUUUCCUGAACCCACAGACAAUGCAGCAUCUUCAACAACACCUGUCUGUAGUGCAGUGUCUGUCCACAGUGCCAGUCCCUUGGUGAAAGAUACGUUUAAACCACCGUUGCUUGCGAGACCAACAUACCCACAAGGGUCAACAGUGAUGUCGGUUGGGAAAACUAUUGUAUCAGUCAAGUUGGUACCUUCCAUUCCCAGAGUGGGUUACAUAAAAGCAGUCAUGUACCAUAACAAAUCUGUUAUGCUAAAGGAUCCAUUUUCUUCCAUGGAUGAACAGGCCUACUUCCAGAACUUGGAAACAGCUACAAGAUGGCUUACAGAUGAACUGAAGAAGAGAAUUCAGUUUAUACCAGAGCACUUAAAACUCAUAUGGAGAAUCAAACAUGCAACUGUGAAUAUCAAAACUUGCCAGCUUUUUGAUUGCAAAAUAUUGGAUGGGAAUCAUAUUUUAACAGAAAAAGGAGUAUUUGAACAGAAGGCAAAGCCUGCUGUAACUCAUGCCACUAAUGAAAAGAUGAGAAGGCAGGAGCUGUUCGAUUCCUUCCAGGUGCUUCGGUCCACACUCCUGCCUAAAGAGCUACAUCGUAAAACCAAAAGAUUUGACAUACUAAAGCUGGCUGUAGAUGAAAUCAAAUGCAUUCACGCUAUGAAUACACGGCUCCAAUCACAGCUGGAAGUGCUGCAAAAGAGGAGACUAACCAAUUGUGCAAAAUUAUAUCAGAAAUUGAAAGCUCUCCCAUCUGUGAAAGACAGAAAAAAGGAAGUGGCCAAUUUAAGGAAGAUUUUUGAAAAUUAUGAUGAAAAAGUCCCUAUCAUUAACCUUCAUGAAACAACUAGUGAUGCUGAUGAAGAAAGUGUGACUGAACUACAAAGGAAAGCUGUGGGUUCUUCACAUCAUGCUGAGAAUGCUCAACAUUCACACAUGUUUGAUAGAGCAAAUGGCAAUACAGAUGAUUCAAAUGAUUGUGUUACAGAUGGAAAGGACAAGGAAGAUAGUACUAAUAUAGUGAAACCAUGGGUUGGCUAUCCUUUGAAGCCGAAGAAGGGCAUGGAUGAUGAUUUUGUUUCUGUGAGCAUUUCAGUUGUUCAGGAUGAUGGACCAGCGCCAGUUGCAUCAGAACGUGAGGACAAGGAUGUAGUGACAGUAACUCGAAUUCCACAGGGCAGUGGUAAAGAGAAGCCACUCCAGGAUCCAAUAAGCAGUGCUCAUAAGUCAUGUAUUAGCAGUGAUGAAGGUGUCAUUCAAUCCAAAUUUACUGCAUCAGGAGAGAAACAGAUACCAGACGAAAUCAUAACUGUUCUGGACACUUCGCAGGUUAUUCCAGUGAAAACUGACAUAUGUGAAAGGCAAGUCGAUCAUACAGUUAAAAAGCGUGUUUUCCCUAGUUUGCCUGGCAGCUCUGAAAAAGAAGUAAAUUGCAUGUUACCAGAAAAGUCAGCUCCCAUUAGCCUUUUAAAAAAGUCAACGGAUGCAUCCAUAGAAUUCAUUGAACCUCCAAAUAUGCAAGGAAAGAUCAAAACAGAGGGAACCAAAAGGAAGGCAGAGUUUGGCAGUAUUGUAGUGAAUGAACCACAGAAGCCCACAUUGAAAUCUCUUGAUGUUAAAGAUACUGUUCCAAACUCAGGUGAGAAGCGAAGUAACUGUGAUGAAGAGACUGAUACAGGAGGUAGAGUUCCAAGUUUGGAUGUCAUAUGCUAUACUGUGAUGCCUUCUCAAAGAAAGAGAACCCCCGUUUGUGUUGACAACAAGAGGACUGGGGCAUGCACUUCUCUUGGGGUGAGACUUGCUGCAAACAUUGAAGCCGCAGAUCCAGUAAUUGAUAAUUUACAAAAAUUCAAAUUGAAACAACAGAGGUUUGAUGUAAGUUCAUCUGGAAAUAUCAUACUGACCAGUAAUGAAAAUAAUGUAGAUAGCAGUCCUUCCAAAAAUGUACAAAUCAAUGAGGUGAAUAGGAGUCUACAAAAUCAUGUAAAAGAUGCAAAUAUUCGUGAAAAAAAUGCCAUAAAAAAUUUAUUCAGUGAUUUGCCUAAAGUAGUGAGUGUAAAUGAAACAGACUCCAUCAGCUCUCCAUCUUUAAAGAAGGACGUUCAUCAAGGAAGAAGUUCAGACUUCAAGUAUGCUUAUGAUAAUUCUACAUCUAGAUUGGUUCCUGCCACUGUUUCUUCAGGAAAUAAAGUGGGAUACCACAUCGUAACAAACAGCCAAUGUGGAAGAAGUGGAAAUGCCCUAUCUUGUUCAAAUGUUGCAAUGAAGACAGCAGUGGGUCAAAAUGAAACUCUCACCCCUGUGUUUGUGGCUGUUGUAUCAUCAGCAAGUACAUAUGCAGCAGGAACCACCAACAGCAUCAGUGCCCCAAAAGUGAAUAUCGUGGCUGCUGUAUCAUCAGCAAGUACAUAUGCAGCAGGAACUACCAACAGCAUCAGUGCCCCAAAUGUGAAUAUCAUGGCUGCUGUAUCAUCAGCAAGUACAUAUGCAGCAGGAACCACCAACAGCAUCAGUGCCCCAAAAGUGAACAUCGUGGCUGCUGCAUCAUCAGCAAGUACAUAUGCACAUGCAGCAGAAACCACCAACAGCAUCAGUGCCCCAAAAGUGAAUAUCGUGGCUGCUGUAUCAUCAGCAAGUACAUAUGCACUUGCAGCAGAAACCACCAACAGCAUCAGUGCCCCAAAAGUGAAUAUCGUGGCUGCUGUUGGAAGCAGUAAUCUACAGACUAACCAAACUGGACCUCAGUUUGCAUCUGGUGUUGGUUCCUCUCCAGGUCAUACUGUACACCUGUUGCAGCCUCUCACCACUAGAAGACUCUGUGUUUCAGGAAACAAGUUGCUCAGUUUUCAGAGGAAUAAGAAUAAUCAGUACAUGCUGUGCAGUGGAAACCAAAUGUAUGCAGCACAUCUGCUUCCAGCACCUGUUCCUACACAAAAAUCACCGUCAUCAGUGGUUACCAAGUAUACAGAUUCCAGUAGCAGUAUAAAUAAAGAUAGUGUCCCAUUGCUUACAGUUCCAAGGCCAAAUACCAAUCUUAUUGUGAACUGCCCCCCCUUGGUGAAACAUUCUGUUAGUAAUCCUCCACAGUCAUCAGAAUUGAGUACAAACUCUGCAAAUCACAAUAUAAAAAUAAAACACUUACUACCUAAUGCGUGUCCUACUUUUAUACCUGACAAACUGAGAACACCAUCUCACAAUGUGAUAUCUGUUAAUGAUGUGCAUACCACCACCAACGUUCCAGGGUUGACUUUAAUGACUCAUACAACUCAUACAAACUCCACUGCAUCUCGUACUUUGACACCAGAUGUUGUCAACACAACACAGAGUAAACCCAUAGUCUCUGUUCGAAAUUCAAAUUCAUAUGCAACCACCAUAAUACCUAAAAGAUUAGAGUCAUCGCCAAGUUCUCCAGCUUUCAUUUCUCUUGCAAGAAAAUUGCCUUCUGCCACUUUUGAAAGUGUUAAAAAGGAUCCUACAGUUUGCCUGAGAACUGUUGCUUCUAACAAUGCGGUAAGCAAACUAAUGACAACUCAUACAAAAUCAGUGGAACCAAGGUCAGUUAAUAUGAAAGUGACAUCGCCUGUGGCUACUAGAAAAAUUUUCAUGUUAGAUGUUCGUUUAAAGGUUCCGUGUAGUAGCAAUAGGGUGUCUAGUGGUAAUGGUGUAGGCAAAGAGAAAAGUGAAAUAUCUCAAAAUGACUGUGUUUCCAGUGUUAGAAUAUUACGUGAGAAAUCUGAAAAUGACAUUUCCAGUCCUAAGGACUCUGAUGAAAAAUCUCAGGAUGAAAGUGUUUCUGGUGAUACAACAUCAGAUAAGAAAUCUCCAUAUGAAAUUUCUGGUAUUAUAUCAAAUGAGAAAUCUCAUAAGGACAAUUCCCGUGUCAGAACACCAAAGCAGAAGUUACAACACAACAGAAUUUCUUGUACUCGAUCGUCUGGUAGAACGACGCACAAAUCUGCAGUACCUUCGCCAAAGCAAGAUUGUCAUACCACUUCAAGUCGUGAAUCUAGAGCCAAGGCUCGUGAAGACACUAGAAGUAUGGCAAGAAAAAAAGUAAGAUCAGGUUCUAAAGCCAAAAUGACCAAGGCUCCAGUAGAAAUGAUGGUAACAAGAAGUAGUAGUAGAAAGAAAUGGAUGUAUGGAAGGAAGUCUUGUACAUAAUUGUAAAUAAAUACACCUUGUAAGUUUUCAAAAAUAUGAGCUGUUAAAGGUACAUUAAUAUACAAUAAUCUCUGAAGAAGAAUAACUGUUUUGUAUGUUCUCUGGUUUUGAAUAUAGUGAAUGUUUUUUUACAAAAAUGUCUCCUAGAGGAAUUCUGAUUUAUGAUGAUAUAUUAGCAUACUGUUGAUAUACAGCACCCAGAAAUGUUUCCAGAUUGUCACUUACAAACUUGGUAUCCUUUUAUUUAUAAUAAAACCAAUUUCUUAUGUUAAUAUAAACUGUGCCAUGUCAUGCUGUCAGCAUUAUAGAUGUACUAUUUUUGUUUAUUCUAAGUAUUAGUUCUUAUAAAAGAUGCAACUCUGUCAUCAGCUACAAACAGAAUUUUACGAGGCAUAAUCUGGACUGUGGUUGUCAUGUAGGGUUUAGUUUCUUCCCAGUUAUUUCUUGG